AUGCAAGUGAAUGACAUGCUGAAUGAUAACAAUUACAACGAGUGGAAGCAUGAGAUGACCAACUUUCUCCUUGCAAAAAACAAGAUUGGACUAAUCGACGGCACCAUCAAGAAACCAGAGAAGGAAUCGCCAACACACAUGGCUUGGGUUCGAGCCGAUGCCAUGGUCAAGGGUUGGCUAACGACUGCAAUGGAAAAGGAGAUUCGCACCAGCGUAAGAUAUGCCAAUACCUCUUCUGAAAUCUGGAAGGACCUAGGGGAGCGAUUUGAAAAGGAAGGAGCACCGAGGGCUUAUGAGUUAAAACAAUUACUCAACGCAACACGACAGGGAGGUAUGUCAGUUUCCAAUUACUAUACGAAGCUAAGGUCUCUUUGGGAUGAAAUUCAAGUUGUCCUACCCUUGCCACAGUGUGUGUGUGAUGGGUGCGAGUGUGCCAUUGGGAAACAAUUGAAUGAAGUAAAGGAGAAAGAGAGGACUUAUGAAUUCCUCAUGGGACUUGAUGACGAGUUUUCUGUCAUUCGAACUCAGGUCUUAGCCAUGAAACCAACACCGUCGCUUGCAGCCACUUACCACUUAGUGGCAGAAGAUGAACAACAGAGAGCGAUCACAGGUGGAACAAAGAGACCGGGGUCAGAAGCUUCAACUUUUCAGGCCAACUAUGGUGAGACAAAAGUUCAACGACAAUCACAAUGGAAACAAAAUACACAGGCAAUCAACAAGGCGGCUCCAAAACCAACAAAAACCGAGAAUGAAAAGAAAGAAAAAUGCAGUUUUUGUCAAAGAGAAGGUCAUGUGAAGGAAGGGUGUUUCAAGCUGAUAGGAUACCCUGAGUGGUGGCGUGGUAAUCGAGACAAAGGAGUGCCAAAAGCCGCCUGCGUUAAAGCAAUAUCUAGCCCAAUUCUGGGGUUGACAAAUGAACAAUAUUAA